CCGAAACCACAAAACAGGUUGUGGACGGGCGGCGAUCGCACAAACAGCACAUUCAAAUGCCGUUCGCCAUCUCCACAGGUCUGCAUCUCGACUGCCUCUCGACUUCGACUUUCGCACUCUUGCACCGCUACAUCGCGACUCAAUAACUGCCACGGGGCUUGCAAGCCCUUCAGUCCCUGUCGGCGCAGUCAUCUUUUCUUUUACUAAGGUAGUAUCGCCUCCUCCAGCCCAACGCCAGCACCAGCAAGCACCCACCAUGCUGCCGUUCCACCGACGCGAGGCUCGUCGCGAACCAACGGCACGAGCAGAAAAGCCGCCGCGCAAUGGACAGUCCAAGUGGAGUCAGCUCGUUCACUUCGUGAUCUACUUCAUCAAGGUCUCAUGGCGGGAUAUUCUCACAAUGGCUAUCCUGGGUGCUGCCUCACUUGCUAUCUACCAAGCGCCCUACGCCGCGACCCGCAACUUCCCCGUCACCUUCGACGCCUCGGGCGACAUCGUCUACCCGCAAUUCGCCUACCCGGAACGCGGCUGGAUUAUCUCCCCUUCCUUGUCAGGCGUCAUCUCGGCCGUCAUCCCCCUCGGCAUCAUCCUCCUCGCCCAGGUCCGCAUCCGCUCCUUCUGGGACUUCAACAACGCCGUGCUCGGCCUCCUCUACUCCCUCAUCCUGGGCUCCCUCUUCCAAGUCAUCAUCAAACAACUUAUCGGCGGCUUCCGUCCUUACUUCCUCGCCGUCUGCCAGCCCGACAUCUCGCUCGCCCCGACGCACAACAACACGGGCCUCAACGGCGUGGGGUUCCACCAGAUCAUGUACACCAGCGAGGUGUGCACUAACCCGGAUAAGCAGGCCAUCAAGACGGCCAUGACCAGCUUCCCGUCGGGCCACUCGACGACCGCGUUCGCCGGCUACGUCUUUUUGUUCCUGUGGAUGAACGCCAAACUCAAGGUCUGGGCGAAUUUCCAGGCCAGCUUUUACUGGCUUGCGGUGCUGCUCGCCCCGCUGCUCGGCGCCACGCUCAUGGCCGCCUGCCUGACCGUCGAUCAGGCGCACAACUGGUACGAUAUCCUCGCGGGCGUGGUCAUCGGCACGGUCGUGGCUUUCAUGUCGUAUCGUCUGUGCUAUGCCGCUGUGUGGGACUGGCGGUAUAACCACAUCCCGCUGAGACGGGACCGGGUGUUUGAUUAUACUGCUGCCGCGGCGUUGCCGGCUGAGGUGCUUGAGAAGGCGUUGUGGGUGCGGAAGCUGGGGUGGGGGAGGAAGAGGAGGGCUGGGCGGCGCGGGAUGAUGGGGAAGGCGAAGGCGAGGGGGAGCAGCAAUGCGAGCAGUGCUACAUAUGCGAGGAAUGGGGGUCCCAGUAUGGAUGUGCCGAGGGGGCAGGGCGUGAGCUACCCCCACCCGGCCACGGUGAGACAUAACGGUGGUGAUCCGUACUACGGACGUGGGGAGAACAUGGUUUAGGUGGUGGGUGAUAUUUUUAUGGUUCCUUUGCACUGUUUCUUUGUUGUUCAAUCCGAGAUACCUUCCGCGUCUGUUUCCGCACUCAAUGAUCUCCCUGUACCAUAUGUUAUAUAUAGUCGAGGACUUUCAACCAGUUGGUGGAAAGCAUGAUACAGAUUAGGUGCUGUAACAGCAGUAUGUUAUUGUACAAG